UGCGUAGAUUCGCGAGUACAGAGACUACAUCAUACAUAUACACUUCAUGAGUUCGCUGAUGGUCUGUGCACGAUAAGUACACUCUGCGACCUACAGCUGUGUCUGACAUCACCGGACCAUGCUCAAAGCGAGUGUUGGUAAAGGAACCUGGGUAUGGAGAGGAGCACAUGGUCAUGCAUACUGCCGGCAUACGCACACCUGGUAGAACCAAAGUCCUUGUCAUGUGCUGGAUGGCUAUCCAGCGCUCUACUUUGGGGCACUCCUGCUUCUUCAUGCGCUAUGACACGACUACCUCGAGCCACAUUCGACGCUGUACAGUCUCUGCUUCAAGUUUUAAGCUGUGCAACGGCCAGACCAUCGCAUCACCCAGCCUGACGCUUCCUGCCCUGUCUUUGUGGUCAGAUCGUGCGUUCUCCUCACAUCUGCUGCAAUGGUACAUUCGACGUUGACUAAGAUUGGCCAUUAUGUCAAGGACCAGGUGUUUUGAGCCACAACAUCACUUCGCAUGCCUUCGUCGCCGCCCUGCAGUAGAUGUCAUUCAGUUUCCUCAAGUAGCCACUGGCAUUGCAGGUGAAACAUGCCAAACAAUGCAAGUAUUGCGACUGAGCCUGUGGCAGCCUGAGGUGCGAUCCUGUUUGUCAAUGAAUGCACGCAGCAUCUCUCAUCAGGCCUGGCUUAUGGAUCAGUCGCUUUGCGAUCGUACUGCAGCUCAGUGGAUUGCGCGAUGCCGCUGCAUCUGAGACAAGUAGCGUGCUAUGAAGCAUUACGAUGCAAUUGUCCAGUACCAUGUUGAGCACUACGAUGCGCUACUAUGAAUCUUGGCUUGUCUCACAGCUGUAUUGCACUGCUUGCCAAGCCUGGCAUCCGUCGCUCAAACUCGAGGCUAUGUCUGCCCAGAUUUGUUUCAAGGCGCACCCACACUAGACUCAGACGCGUCACGUACUCUUCUGCAAUGCAUGGUGGGGAUAUCUGCUCCAGACAAUGUCAAUCGCUUGCUGGUCGAGGCAUGCAUGCUACUCAUCGCUGGUCCAAACAUGAAAGGCGCUGUUGACUAUUCUUGCGCAUAUUCGAUGCUAUGUGCCUGCACAGUCCGCACAGUCCGCAAGAACCCUGGUCAAUGAUAUUUACUGUCGUCUUGGUGCG